CGCUUGCUAAAAUGAUUUCCCCAAUGACUUGCUUGUUCUUAAAAUUCCCCAAUGUCAAGCUUAACCCCAAGCCCUUACUUAAUUGUGACAAUAGGACCCCCUUUUCCCUGGAGUCAUGAAUUCAAGUCCCACCCUUGCCAAAAAGUAGAAAUUGCCCCUGACCUAAAAUUUUGAAAUAUCCUCUUUAAUCUAAGGUGUCAUUUGUCCAUUGAUUAAAGUGUCACACUAAAAUUUCAGAAUUUCUCCUGAUCCAAAAAUCUGAAAUGUCUCCAUUGUCUUAAAUUCCAAAAUGUUCCUUUCUCGACCUUACCCAAAGUAGAAAUCGUCCCCCUUAGCCAAAGUAGAAGUCACCUGCAUUUUUGAUGAUGUCAUCAAUCCCCCAGCCUCCAAGAUGCACAUUGCUAACUGUUGAUUUAUUUUGCAUGUAUAUUGUAUUCGAUGGUGCUAACUCUCUGUUUUCCGUAACCCCAGUGUUCCUUACAGGACCCGAUGGCUGUAACCUCUUCAUCUACCACCUGCCCCAAGAGUUUGGUGACCCAGAGCUGGCUCAGAUGUUUAUGCCGUUCGGUAGUGUCAUCAGCGCUAAAGUCUACGUCGACCGUGCAACAAAUCAGAGCAAAUGCUUCGGUGAGUAUUACGCUAUAAUAGUCAGCUGGUAUUUUAGUCCUGUUUGGUAUUAACGGUCUUAGUAUCUAGUUUCUGCUGAUCACCCCCUCCUAUUUAUCCCAUCAUUGUGUUUGAAGAGGUGUGGCUCUGCCAAGGGGGAGGGGGUGAAAAAAAUACAGAAGACUUGAUACAGGACUAGGUAUAGAAG